AUGAAUAAUCCUCCACACGGCCCACCGGGCUACGAUCGCGAAAGGGAAAGGGAGGCAGAGGAUCAGCGCCGAGCACAUGCUUUACAGCAACAGGCAGAGCUUGUUCAACGCGAACGAGAGCAGAAUGAGCGUCAAGAGCGAGAAAGGCAGCAUCGAGAGCACUAUCAGCCCGCCCCGCCGCACCAGAACGACACAGCGUCGAUCCCUCUCCACCAACCCGUCGCUUCACGUCUACCAGGCGCAAUACACAGUCCUGGUGGCUUACUUGCAAACCACGGUGGUGCUCCUCCUUCUGGUCCUUUGGGUGCUCCCAGUGGACCUGGGAAUGCCUUUGGAGGCCCUUUGCAUAGUGAAGCCAACCGCACCAUCCAGCACAACCCACAAAAUGCUACAAGCCAGCUCCAGCAGCAACAAGGCUUUGGACCCAGCAUCUUACACCACAACAAUGCCCCUCCCAGCGUCCCUAUAGGUUCUGCUAGUACCGCUGGUGUCGGAUUUGGCGGCCCCUUACAGCAACAACAACAAACACAACAGCAGCAGCAACAAGAGGCGGUGUCUAGAUUGCAGCAACUGCCGUUUGGAGGGCCGAUUCCGCAGGGACAUCAAAUAUCCGGCGCUCCUGCUGCCCUUGGGCAAGCGGGGCAACAACCUAUUUUGAAUGAUGCCCUUAGCUACCUUGAUCAAGUCAAGGUACAAUUUGCCGACCAACCCGAUGUUUAUAACCGAUUCCUUGAUAUAAUGAAAGAUUUCAAGAGUCAAGCUAUUGAUACUCCUGGGGUCAUCAACCGUGUGUCAGAGCUCUUCGCUGGCCAUCCGAACCUCAUCCAAGGAUUCAAUACCUUCCUCCCUCCCGGAUAUCGCAUCGAGUGCGGUGCCGGAAAUGACCCUAAUACAAUCAGAGUAACAACCCCCAUGGGAACUACCGUACAGUCAAUUACAGGAGCUGGCCGUGCUUUGCCAGAUGCGGCUUUGGGACAAGGUGGUGCGAGCGGUGGAUACUACGGUUCACAACAACGUCACGGUAACUGGCAGCAACAGCCUCAGCAUAGUAUCGAGAGUCCGGAAGGCGUCUUCAGUCCACAGAACCAGAGCGCCGGGCCUGCUUACGGCCAAAACCAACCUCAACACUCUACAUACGAAGCGCAACAAGCCGCAGCAGCUCACCAACAGCAGCAAAGGGGUGUAUCUCAACUUACAAAUGCUGUUGCAACAACAUUAGGUCAUCCGCCAAGAAACACACAAACGCCAACACCAGGUGGUCCAGCUAGUAUGAACGGCGCUACAGGACAGCAAGGACUAGAAAAGCGAGGGCCAGUUGAAUUUAAUCAUGCUAUCAGCUAUGUCAAUAAGAUCAAGAACCGCUUCCAAGACCGUCCGGAGAUCUACAAGCAAUUCUUGGAGAUCCUCCAAACUUAUCAACGAGAAUCCAAACCAAUUCAAGACGUUUAUGCUCAGGUCACGCAACUUUUCAACACCGCCCCAGACCUGCUAGAGGAUUUCAAACAAUUCUUGCCUGAAUCUGCAGCCCAAGCAAAAGCGGCCGCGCAGAAAGCAGCAGAAGAAGCGGCGAAUAUGACAGGCGCCAACCAAACACCGCAGGCAUCCUACGCACGCGGCGAAUCAUCAAAACUGCCACCAGUUGGUAACUUUGCAGUCCCUGCGAGUGCCAGCAAAGACAACAAGAAACGUCCUCGCGCGAGUAACAAUGCUACCUCUGGAUCUCAGAUGAAUGUCAUGGGUGACAGUUCAAGAGGAAUUGGAGGUGGACCGAACAACAAGAGAACGAAGUUGACGCACAACAAGUCUGCCGUACCAGAUGCGCAAGCAGUUUCUCCUACCUUGACACCAGUACUUCCCGAACCACUUCCUCCUAGCACGACUACUGCUGCUACUCAGGAAGAGUUAGCUUUCUUCGACCGUGUUAAGAAGCACAUUGGCGACAAGAAGAGAAUGAACGAAUUCUUGAAGUUGUGCAAUCUAUUUUCACAAGAUAUGAUCGAUCGCGAUGUCCUCGUCCACAAAGCGAGUACCUUCAUCGGUGCGAGCAGUGACUUGAUGACCUGGUUCAAGGACUUCGUUGGUUAUGAUGGCCCUACGCAAGAAGUGAUGCAACCUAUCGACAAUCGACCGAAGCCCCCUACUGAACGAGUCUCGUUGAGCAAUUGCAGAGGACUAGGGCCCAGUUAUCGACUUCUCCCUAAAAGGGAGCGCCUAAAGCCAUGCAGUGGGCGAGAUGACAUGUGUAAUGAGAUUCUCAAUGAUGACUGGGCUUCGCAUCCCACUUGGGCAUCGGAAGACUCUGGUUUCGUCGCUCAUAGGAAGAACGUCUACGAAGAAGGUCUACACCGAAUUGAAGAAGAACGCCAUGACUAUGAUUUCAAUAUUGAAGCCAAUGCAAAGGUCAUCCAGCUUCUCGAACCCAUUGGGCAGAAUCUACUCGGUCUUAACUCUGAAGAGCGAGCCGAGUUCCGCAUGCCAAUUGGCCUAGGUGGGGCAAGCCAAUCGAUUUACAAGCGUGUGUUGAAAAAGAUUUAUGGCGACAGAGGUCUAGAGGUUGCUGCGGAUCUUUUCAAGGACCCAGGUGCUGUCCUUCCAAUUGUCCUAGCUCGCUUGAAGCAAAAGGAUGAGGAGUGGCGUUUCACGCAGCGCGAGUGGGAGAAGGUCUGGAAUGCUCAGACAGUCAGCAUGUACUUGAGGAGUCUUGACCACAUGGGCCUUUCUGUCAAGCAAGCUGAUAAGCGAACAUUUUCUCAAAAGCAUCUUAUUGACGCCAUCAAAACCAAACAUGAGGAACAGAGACGCCAGCGAACCAUGCAACGCGGAGAUGUCCUGAAGUAUCAAUAUGAAUUCGACUUCUCCGACACCGAAGUCAUCGCCAAUGUCCUCCGGUUCAUGAUUAUAUAUGCCAACAACGCUCCGCAACACAACAGCCAUGAGCGACGCCGUAUUACCGAAUUUUUCGAAAAGUUCAUCCCAGUCUUUUUUGGUCUCCCUCAUGAGACAGUUGCUGAGUGCACCAGAGAUAUCGAUCGGGGGACCCCAGAUGAUGACUUUGAUGAUGCUGCUCCUCACGAACUUCCAAAUGGAGGUCGUGGCAGACGCCCUGUGAAUGGCAGAAAGAACGAUUUGCGUAGAGGCGUUCUCGACAAAAAUCGAAACGGCACUAGAGGUCGUGGUCACAAAGAAGAUAGUACCACUGGAAGUAAAGAGUCCACUCCCGACGUGGAGUCUCUCGAUGAAGAUGGCGGAGAAACUGCUGAUGAUCGUGCUGUUACGGAAGUCACCAAUGAGCGCUGGUCAGCUGUACCGAACGCAGUCGCGAUUCACGGAACUAAAGAACUCUCCGCCGAGGACUUUAAGCUGAAAGCUGAUCAACCAUUCAAGCAAGAUGUAUUCAGCCUCUAUUGUAACCAGACUAUCUAUGUCUUCUUCACCGUCUUCCAGACUCUCUACCGACGAUUGAAGGAGGUCAAGGAAAGCGAACCAGAAGCGAAAGCGGAAGGUAUUCGUGCAACUGAGGUGAAACCAGCUGAGAAAAUUGGCUUGAUGGACAACAGCAAGACUGACUUCCAUCAACCACUCAAUGGUGAAACGUACUAUUCCCGUACCUUGGCGUUGGUUGAGGAUUUCGUCAAUAACGAUCUUGACGAGGGCAAGUAUCAUGACUUCCUCCGACACUUCUAUCUGAAGAAGGGCUGGCAACUCUACACCAUCACAGAUCUACUCAAGACCCUUGCCAGGUUAGGUUCUGUUUGCGCGAGUGUCGAUGCAAAGGAAAAGACUCCCGAUCUUCUCGACCAGUACUAUCGCAACAGAGAGCUGAAGGAGAUCACGUAUAAUACGGAAAUCAACAUGCGCAAGCAAGCUGAUAAAUAUAUUAAGGAUGGCGAACUAUUUUUAAUCCAAUGGACCCCCGCUAAAGGCCAAGCAACGGUGCGAUGGGUCCAGCGAGACGAGACGACCUUUGAUCUAGAUGACAUGGAACGUAUGGCCCGUUGGCAAUACUACGUCUCUUCUUAUAUUCGCAUUGAGCCGACAGAAGGUGUCAACCGUGGGAAAAUGCGCAAAAGUCUUUUGACUCGCAACGUCCCAUCGCCAGAUACCGACGCCGAAGAGCCAAAGCCACUCGUCUUCAGUGAGAAUCUGACACUUCAAGUCUGUGCCAAUAGCCUUAAGAUUAUCUAUAAAGAGGGCGGCACCGAAUUCUUUAUCUACACCGACAAGUCCCUCACUCGCGACUCCGAGACAGGUGUUAGUGCCGCUCGCGAAAGACUAAAGAAAUUCGAAGAUGUCAGGACGCAGAAGUUCAAGGAGAAAUUCGAAAUGAACAAUGCUUGGAUGAAGGGCUUGGACCAUGAUGAAGUCUCAAAGGUCUCCAUGGAAUUCAAAAAGUGGACCGAUGAGGGCAUUCUUCCUGGUACCGAGGCUCCUGGCGCUUCUAGCGCAGGCGACGUAGAAAUGAUUCAGUAG